GAACUAUACCUUUUUAGUGUCAACCGGCUACUCUAUCCUUUCUUAAAAAAAAAAAAAAAAAAAAAAAAAUUUCAACGGACUACAGAUUGUAAAAUUACAAAUAUAUUGUUAACAUUAAAGAAACGCAAACCCACCAUUGAGACAUUCAGGAUUCAUCACAAAAAAUCUCCAUUUGAAUAAUUGAAACCCCAAAUCCAAACCCUAAAGGCAAUCUUCCCGCCAAAGCAGAUGCUCUAUUCUGCUUUGCUUCCCCAAACCACUCCAUUCCCACACGGACACCAGCUCCAACUUCCCAGGACCCAAUCCAAAAUCCGCUCUUACUACUACCAAAACCGAUUCCCACCACGAACACGCCCAUUUCUUCCUCACUUUCUCACCAAAUAUCCAUCUGGGUAUCGAAAAUCUCUUCUGGGUUCUUCCAGUUUUGACUCAUCGGCUCCUCCUUCGUUCUAUGACGACGACGGCGACGAUUUUGAUGUCGAAUUGGGCCGCCUUUUGGCUUUACUGCCCGAAGAAAUGCGGCGAAGGGUUAGCGAACACCCUGAGCUUCAUCAGUUGAUUGAAGUGGUCAUGGAUUUGGGUCGGAAGCCACUGGCUCGGUUCCCUUCUGGAGACUUUGUUUUAUCGGAUUUGCCCAUUAUGACUGAGGAUAUUCAGCAUGCCACUUCUCAGAAGUGUUUUGAAGCUCAUGAGGUUGGUGACUUUAUGAUUGACAAUCGAGCAGGCAUCAGCAGGACAUUACACCGCAUUAGUGCCAUAAGGAAUCGGAAGGGUGCAAUUAUUGGUUUAACUUGUCGAGUUGGUCGGGCAAUAUCUGGUAGUGCAAAUUUGCUUCGAGAUUUGGUGCAAGAUGGGUCUUCUUUGUUGCUCAUAGGGCCUCCAGGUGUGGGAAAAACCACGAUUAUUAGGGAAGUAGCUCGAAUGCUUGCAAAUGAUUACAAGAAACGUGUGAUGAUUGUUGACACCUCCAAUGAGAUAGGUGGGGAUGGUGAUAUACCUCAUGCAGGAAUAGGUAGUGCACGCCGGAUGCAAGUCCCCAACUCUGAUAUGCAACAUAAGGUAUUGAUAGAAGCAGUUGAAAACCAUAUGCCUCAAGUGAUUGUGAUUGAUGAAAUCAGCACAAAACUUGAAGCAAUGGCUGCAAGUACAAUAGCUCAACGGGGAAUUCAGCUAGUUGCCACUGCUCAUGGAGUAACAAUUGAGAAUUUGAUAAUGAAUCCUGCAUUAGAGAUGCUUGUUGGAGGAAUACAGAGUGUGACACUAGGGGAUGAAGAGGCUAGUCGAAGGGGUGUCCAAAAGACGGUUUUGGAAAGAAAAGGACCUCCAACAUUUAUGUGUGGGGUUGAGAUAAUUUCAAAGACUCAGUUGCGAGUUCAUCGUUGCCUAGAAUCAACAGUGGAUGCUAUUCUCUUUGGUCGUUUUCCAAAUGUUGAAGUUCGCAAGAUGGAUUAUCUGAAACUAAAUGAAACAGCGGAAAGGGGACCCUUUAUUUACAAUUCCUCUGACAAAGCAAACGAGAUUAUAGUUGAAGAUGCUCAAGACUUGAGCAAUGAAAUAACUAGCCUUGAUGCUUUCUCUUCUGAAGUUCCUCCAAACAUGGGAGAGGAUUGCUGGGAAGAAAGGAUGCCCCUUCGCCUAUUUGUUUAUGGGAUCCUGGAGGCAAGUGUGACUCAAGCGAUUAAGCAGUUGAAACUGAAUGAUGCUGCCAUUGAGUUAACUGAAAAUAUCAGCGAGGCAGAUGCACUACUUGCCUUGCAAUCCAAGCUCAAGAAGAACUCCAGGAUUCAAGCUGCUGUUAAAUCUCAUAACACACCCAUUUAUGUGACCAAGACAAGUUCGCUGGUUCAUAUAACAAAGGGUAUACGGGCAUUGAUGACUGAUCUUAAAGAUGGUUUGAAGGAUUUUGAACCAGUAGAUGAGAUGAAAUUAUCUGAGAAGCUUGAUGCCUUAGAGGAGGCAAGAAUUGCCAUUGAGCAGGUGGUCAUCCCAAAAGGGGAAUCCAUAGAGCUACUCCCAAGGCCGUCCAAUGUUAUGUCUCUUCAGAUGGACCUUAUUCAAAAAUACCAACUGGAAGCAGAGAGAAUUGGUACAGAGUCGGAUGUACGUCUCCGGAUCCUUCCCCACCAUUCUAGGAUGGAUGAAGAAGGAAAAAUCAGUGAGAGAGACAAUGCUACUGGAGAAUUAGAUGACUUUGUCAGUGCCAAUGGAGACCCAAAUGGUUCGUUGUACGUUGUGGACAGGUUACCACUGUUGCCUGAUUAGUCCUCGUUAGAAAGUUGUACAUAGACCAUUGCUACUGAUCAUCAUUGUAACACGUAUAGCAGCCUUUCAAACUCUGGUUCCUGUCCCAUCUGAUUUUGUAAAAAUUGGUUGCUUGACAUUAUUGAUUUACCAUUACCAGCCAAGGUCUUAUAGGUUUAUUUUUAUUUUCAAAUAUUUGUAAAAAAUCUCUGUGGUUCAAAUAUGUAAUAUUUAAUGAUAGUUUCAAUUA